ACAUGUGGACAUCGAUUCAAUUCAACGAUUUGUUUUGUUUUCUUUAUUUUUUCAAAUUAUUGUGAUUAAAACAAUCAAUUUUUAAUCAUGGAAAAAUUAUUAAAUAUUUAUAUACAAAAUGAAUUAUCCAUUGAAAAUAUUGAACAAUGGUUUCAGGGUCGUCAUGAUAUCAUAAAUGAAAAUGAUUUAGAUGCGCAGCUUUUUAUUUCAUAUUUCAUUGAGAAUCUUCAUUUAUCUUUCAAUUGGCUAUUGAAACAAAAUAAAAACAAUGUUGUCAUGACCAAUAACAUCAACCCUUUGAUUACGAGUGAAAAUUUGAAUAUUGAUGAUGAUGAUGCAUUCCCACCUUUGAAUAUUCAAUCACAACAACAAACAUUUAAAAAACGUAUAAAACCGACAUCGAUCGAUACAAAUCAUUCUUUUAUCAAAACAAACGAAAACUUAUUCAAAUGUUCAAAUGCCAAAAAUAAUUCAAUAUCUCCGAAAAAUAGUGAUUAUUUAAAAGAAGAACGUGAAAUGUUGAAACAAUUCAAGAUGAACAUGUCAAUUAAUAAUCGUCAAAAAUAUGACAAGAUAAAACAGACAAGAAAAAUUGAAAGCGAAAACAUUACUGCUAUUGUUGUCGAACCAAAAUUCGAUAGAAUAUCUACAACAAAUAAGGAAAUGAUUCGAAAACUUCAACAAUUAUAUAGCUUAAUAUUGAUCGAUAAUUAUUGGCCAUAUCUUUUUGAAGAAAUUAAAUUCAUUGUCGAAGUCAUUAGUAAGAAAUCUGUGAUUGAAUCAUCCAGCAUGAUUACUGAGUGUGAUAAUAAUCAAGUUGUUUGUUUUGAUCUAAGAAAACUGUUCGAAUCAUAUCAUAAUUGUUAUUACUUCGGUUGGCUUUCAUUUGAGGAAAUUGUUAUUAAAAAGCAUUUUUUCACAUGUUUCAAUGUGAAUGUCAUUCAUCAUCUUAUAGAUGAUCCUUUUCUAUUUAAAUUUCAAGAAUCAUCA